AUGGCGUCGUGUAAUUAUGGGCUUAUACGGCGCUGUGCCGCCAGGUUUUCACCUCGCGAGAUAACGUUCUCGGUCUUCCGCUACGGGCCGGAGCGGUACCAGCGGCCGCGUAUGCAGACCUACAGCGUCGACACCGCCAGCUGCGGCCCCAUGAUACUGGACGCGCUGAUCAAAAUCAAGAACGAACAGGACAGCACGCUGACCUUCCGGAGAAGCUGCCGCGAGGGCAUCUGCGGCAGCUGCGCGAUGAACGUGAACGGCGAAAACUGCCUCGCGUGCCUCAGGUCGAUAGACUCCUGCGCGAAGCCCGGGGGCCAGAUCGAGGUGCAGCCGCUGCCCGGGAUGUUCGUGCUCCGCGACCUCGUGCCCGACAUGACCAACUUCUACGAGCAGUACCGCACGGUGCAGCCGUGGCUGAAGCGGAAGACGCCGAAGCCCGGGGAGGCCGAGUUCCUGCAGUCGAAGGAGGACCGCGCGCGGCUCGACGGCAUGUACGAGUGUAUCUUGUGCGCCUGCUGCACCACCUCGUGCCCGUCCUACUGGUGGAACCCGGAGCACUACAUCGGGCCCGCGGCGCUCAUGCAGGCGUACCGCUGGAUCGCGGACAGCCGCGACGAGUACACGGUGGAGCGCAUGGUGGACGUGAACGACACCAUGAAGCUCUACCGCUGCCACGGCAUCCUCAACUGCACGCGGGUCUGCCCCAAGGGGCUCGACCCCGCCGGGGCCAUCCGCAAGCUCAAGGCCGAGGUCGAGGCCUCCGCCGACGAAAGCUGGACGGCGGUGGCCGCGUCGGAGAUAGAGAAGCGCAACGCCAGGCUGCUGGACAGCGGCAAGGCCCGCUCCACCGAAGGCGUGAUGUAG